AUGGGACUCAAGGUUGGGAACCCCUUGCAGGCUCAGCUUCAACAUGACCGGGCCAGCGAGUAUGUGAAUUGCAUCACUUGGGAACUUUCACAGGCAUAUCAACAAGAAAACCCCUUCACGCUGGUGUGCUGUCUGUUGCCCUCCGCCGAUAAGUCCCGCUAUGACGCUAUCAAGAAGGUGACGUGUUGCGGACACCAUCCAGUCCCAUCCCAGUGCAUCACAUCUAAGAAAUUAGCUCCCAAUGCAAGACUUAUGUCCAUUGUCACCAAGAUAGCCAUGCAGAUCAAUGUCAAAAUGGGCGGAGAGCUCUGGCGCCACCCGGCGCAAAGUGCAUUCGACAGUACCAUGACCAUCGGGCUCGACGUCUUCCACCAGAGGGGCCAGAGCUCCGUUGGUGCCUUCGUGGCGUCUCUCAACAAGACUAAUUCCAGGUACUUUUCGCGAGCUAUGAUCCAUGAACAGAGGCAAGAGAAUAUGGAUCAGCUGGAAAGUCCUACUGCAGAUGCUCUACGUGCAUACUGGAACCAAACUCGAAGCUACCCAAAGAACAUAGUCGUCUUCCGCGAUGGUGUUGGAGAUGGACAGCUGGCUUAUGUUCGUGACAAUGAGUGCGACCAGAUCAUACGUGGCAUAGAACGUAUUGUGCCUGAAGGACAGACCGUUGGCGUGUGCUUCGUUGUUGUUCAGAAGCGGAUCAACCACCGCUUCUAUAGGACGAGAGGUCGUUACAAGGAAAACCCAUUGCCCGGAACAGUCAUUGACGAUGUCGUUACGCGCGAAAAAUGGUAUGACUUCUUUCUCUGUAGUCAGAGUGUCAACCAAGGCACCGUGACUCCGACCCAUUACAACAUUAUCUUUGAUACUUGGAAAGGAGCGAAUAAUACAGAAUUGACGCCGAACCAAAUCCAGUCGCACACCUACCUUCAAACACACAAUUACUACAAUUGGCCGGGUACGAUAAGAGUACCAGCACAAUGCCAGUAUGCUCACAAGCUAGCCUAUCUGGUCGGCGAACACACCAUCCAUUUGCCGAACCCACAUCUCGAUAACCGUCUAUACUACCUCUAAUCGGCCUACUCCCACUGUGGCUGUGUCUCCACUGGACUAUGGAGAAACAGCCCUGCAUGGCAGCUAGCUUAUCUGGUAGGCGGAAAAUACCGUUGAAUUGCCUCUGAUCGGCCUGCUCACAGUGUGUCUCCACGGAACUAUGGAUGAACAGCCCUGCAUGGCAGUGCACUGCAUCAUGCGGCAGCUGAAAAAGAGGAACAGACAUUUGACUUUUCCAUUCAAUUCUACUGAUACAGUUUAAGUUGCUUUUCACAUUUGGAGUUUCUGUAAAACCUUGAAUUGAAUUCCUACAGGACCGGUGUUUCAAAUCGAAGCACAAGCUGGAAUUUUUGAGUUUCACACAUACAUGCCAACCUGGAGGGUUGAGUUCCCUGGACAACGAAACUGAAUUCCCUUGAUUUUGACCAUUUUUCCCUAAUGAUUGUCUCUAGAAAACUUGUUAGGAAAUUUUAUUAUCCAUCUUUUGUUUUUGUUGAUUACUACAUCCAAUGUCCGCGUCGCUGAUUCUGCUG